GACGGAACCCGGCGGCACGCCGACGCCGGCCGCGCGCCCCUCCACCGACGACGUCAAGUUUACGUCAUCGACGCUGCCGACGGCGCCGCCGGAGGAGGGUAAGGCGGGCUCGUCGCACGCUCCGUCGACGACGCCGUCCACAGGGAGCACGGCUCCCAAGCUGGCGCCGCCGCAGCCGACGGCCGCCGGCGCGUCGACCACGACGGAGUGGUCUCUUCCGGAGGUUAGCACGCAACCGGAGGCGACCGAGACGACCUGGGAGGCGCCCACGUCCACGGGGCCGCCCGAGACGACGUGGGGGACGACACCCGAUACAGAUGAUAAAGGAGGGGAGACGGCGAAGAUCAGGCUGCACGAGACGUCACCCCCUACCGUGAUCAACUCGACAUGGUCUGGUGACGAGAGCACCAAAGGCACUACCGGCUACAGCACCGGCGCGGACGGCUACACCACCAGAGACUACGACGGGUACACAUCCAGGGACUACGGCGAUUACACCACCAGCGGCUACGACUACACUACGAGCGACUACGGCAACACCAGUGAUUAUCUCACUGGAUCUAGCGCCAUCCCUACGUCCCCGGGCGGGUACACUACUGGCCCUAGCGCAUUUCCUAGCAGCGGUAGUGGUGGCCACGCAACUGGGACCAAUUACACCACAGGUUACCCUGCUGACGGUUAUACUACUGAAACGAGUGGUUACCACCCUACUGGCGACAGUGCCUUCUCGUCAAACCAUAAUUACACAACAAGCGGAACUGGCUUCACAUCGGGCACCAGUGGUGACGCCAGCGGCGCCAGGUACUACCCGAGCACGACCAGCGGCUACCCAGCCAAAAUCAACUACACCACUGGCACCACCGGCUACACCACAGACGCCAGUGGCGGCGGCACCGGCCCCACCGGUUUCACCGGAGAGACAACCGGCUUCAGCAGCACAGGCUUCACCACCGCAUACCCGACCGACACCACCAGUUACGGCACCACCAGCGGCGGCACCAACCGACCGUCGAGCACCCUGCAGCCGCCGGCCGUCACCAGCGGCACUACCAGCGGCACCACCAGCGGCACCACCAGCAGCACCAGCACCACCAGCACCACCACCAGCACCACUAGCAGCACUACGACGACCAGCCGGCCGGCGAGCAGCUCACGGCCGCCGGGCAUCACGCACAGCUCAGUGGUGCCACCUGUCGAGCUGUACGUGCAGUUCCUGAUCGCUGCAACCUGGCCACAGUUCUGUAAGCUGCGCCACAGCUUCCAGCAGCAGGUGGUCGACAUGCUCAACAAGGACACGCAGAGCAACCUGACCGCGCAGAACGCGGUGCUCUUCAACAUUCCGCUCUGCGGCGGCCCGGCGCAUGCGCGGCGCCGCUCGGCCGCCAUCUUGGUGUUCCUGUACGUGACGGACGCGGCCGGCCGCUACCACCGCCCUCUGACGGAGCGCGUGGAGCCGCUCUGGGAGGCGGGCGAGGGCGGCCCGAUGGCGCGGCUCGUGCGGGAGGUGGACACCAUCCGCCCCAGCCAUCCGGCGUUGGCGGCAGAGCCGGAGGGCUCCGACCGCGCCGGCGUCAUCGCCGCCAUCACCGUCGGCUGCGUGGCUGUGGCCAGCCUGGUGCUGCUGGCUGUCCUGCUGGUGGUCGUACGGCACCGGCGCCGCGCCGCGCAGGCCGCCCAGCGCUGCAACCCCGUCUCGAUGGAGGAAUACGGCGUCGAGUCUGUCUUCAGCUCGAUGAGGCGCAAGAACAAGCUGCGCCGCUCGGUGCGCUCGUACCUGAACCACGCCUUUGACGAUCACGACGCGCCGUCCAACGCCGUCAACUUCGCCGGCCUGGCCAACCUGUCCGGCGACCUGGCCGCCCUCAAAGAGGAGUUUGACUCUAUACCCACCGGGGUGAUGCCGACGUUGGACGACCUGCCGGCCGGCAGCGAGGACAAGAACCGCUACGCCAACGUGCUGCCGGUGCCCGAGACGCGCGUCGUGCUGGAGCAGAAGACCGGCGCCCCCAAUAGCGACUACAUCAACGCCAACUACGUCCGGGGACCUAAGGAGGAGUCCCAGUUCUACAUCGCCACCCAGGGCCCGCUGGAGUCGACCGUCAACGACUUCUGGCGCAUGGUCUGGGAGACGCAGUCCAAGGUCAUCGUAUGCCUCACCGACAUCGUUGAAAGAGGCGUGCGGCGCUGCGCCGAGUACCUGCCGCCGUCCGAGUCCUUGGACCGCCACCGGCUCUACGGCGACUUCCAGGUCACGCUCAUGGCUAAGGUCAAGAAGGACAAGUACGUGGUGUCCACGGUACAGCUGAAGAACAUGGACAGUAACCUGUUCCGGGAGGUGACGCAUCUCUGGUACUCGGGCUGGCCCGAGCGAGGGGUGCCCUCCGACCUCGACUCGAUGGUGCAGUUUAUCCAGGAGGCGCGCCGCGCAAUGAAGACCAACAUCGGCCCCACUGUGGUCCACUGCAGCCCGGGCACCGGCCGGACUGGCGUCAUGCUGGCCUGCGACAUCUGCGUGCGCCAGUUCGAGACGUCCCGCUCGGCCGACAUCAUGCGCGCCGUGUUCCGACUGCGCCAGGAUCGCGCCGGCGCCGUUCAAACGCGCGAGCAGUACGCGCUCAUUUAUAAGGUUCUGAACCAGUACGCUGCGAGCGUCACCAGCGGCAACCUGCCGGCCCUGGAAUGAAGACGAGCGCUAGCGAGCGGACCAUGUCGGCGAGGUGCGUUGUGAUGUAGUUCGUUCUGCGGGCUACCAGGGGGCGCCGCGGUCGCCCGCGAGUGGGCGGCCCGGGUCGCCUUCGGUGCGGCUUCUGACGUCUCGAGACCGCGCGAGACGGCCGGAGGGGACGGCGGCAGCGUCUGUCUCGGAGACCCCGGGUGCGGAUGCCGCCAGUGGUGACAGGAACGAACGGAUGCCAGGAGAGCGCACGUGGACUGCACUGGCAGACCCUCUCCCAGUGAUCAGGACGGGACCAAGGCGCGCCGGGCGAUCAGCAGC